AGCCUUUCCUGUUUUCUCUCAGAGUACAGAGAGCACCAUACUCUGCCAGCUGGAGGCAGUCUGACUAUCCCUGUGUACACGAGGGAGAAAGUGGUGAUGCUGUUCCAUCCUUCUAGAAACGGGGAUUCUUUCGAACUGUGUACUCUAGAGAAUGGAAUAGCAGACUGCCACGAUGAGUACAACCAUGCGAUAUCCUUUAAGGGGGAAGGUCUGGUGUUACAUGGCUUAACACCAGAAUACCAUGGGAAAUUCGAAGUGCUCCACAGGGAGAGAAAUGUGCUCCUCAGCCAUGUGUCACUGACAGUAAAAGAUCACAAAGAACACAUCACCCUGCAGACUGGAGCUGUCCUCAUUAUCCGCUUCUACACUGAUACGCCAGUGAAGGUGCUGUUUUUCCCCCCGGGGGGACAUCAGCCCCCCCGAACUCUGCUAAACCACAGUGAGGUUCUUGUCCCUGAGGACUUCUUACUGAAGAAAGGAUGCCUGGUGCUGAAAAGAGUCACACCAGCACAUCAGGGCGUUUACAAAGUGCAGUACAUCAGCAAGGAAAUCAAUAUCAACACGGUAGCGGUCACUGUGGCAGAUUCAGAGAGACUGAGUGACUUUGGAAGCCCAUAUUUUGAGAAAAGGAUCAGCGGCAAAGACACAGGUUCUGAAAAUUUGCUCCAAGAUCCCAAAUUUCUAGCAGUGUUUGCUGUUAUAGGUGUUUUGGUGGUGAUAAUUCUGGUGAUGCUGUCAGUCGGGCUGAGAAGGAGGUGGUCGGACGUUAAUGGUAAAUUGCCAGUUCCCACAGGGUUGGAGGAUGACAGCAGUCCUAGCAGGGAACUAAACUGUACAGCGUAGGUGUUCUGGAAGUAUAAAAAUGCACCAACUUGUCAUAGACAAAGAGUUUAUGAUGAAGAAUGUAUUAAGUUUGACCAAUACGUACCUUUCUAUCAUGGAGAAAGAUUAAAUAAGCUUGGUAUCUUCAAUCUAGUGUAAUGGAUAUUAAGAGAAGUAUACAAAAUGAGAAGGCUCCACGGACGAAACGUUGUGUUUUCU